CCAGUGAGUAUUUCUAUUUACCAGUCGCCUGCAUCCAAUUGCCACUUCAAAACCGACACUGUAUCAUGUUUAUAGAACUGACCAUUGUUUAAUAAACAUGAAGUUUGCAAUUGUUACAGGCUUGCUGGCUGCGCUUCUGCCGCUUACGCACGCCUCGCCCGCCGUGCCUCGAGACGCGUCUGACGAUCUGGCUCUCAUCACGCAGCGUCGCACUCAGGAUCUGGCACAGUUUCUGGAUCCAUCAGUCUAUUCGAAUAUAGAUACAUGGGUAGCAUCCCAAAAGGAUGAUGGAACAUGGUCUGAUGUCAACUACCUGUCUGGUUGUGCUGCCCAAAGAGCCAAUUGGCCCAUUCAGCAGCACUGGAACCGAUUGAUUGCCCUCUCUGUUGCAUGGAGCGGCGUCAACCUCGAAGUCUCAACCCAAUGGAAGGGUGACGCCAAAGUCAUGGCUGCUAUUUCUAAAGGCCUUGAUUACUGGUUCAACAACGACUACAAGCAAGCCGAUUGCGUUGGCGAUGGCGGUGACCCCAACAAAGGCUGCCCCUGUGGAACCCCUGGUCUCUGGAACACUAACUGGUACGGUCAGACGAUUCUUAUUCCACAGCUUUGCUCCAUCACUUGCCUGGUCCUCAAAAAUGCCAACUUGACCGAAUCCCAGCGUGAUGGCUGUAUCAGAAUCCCCAAACGAUCCUACGACCUGCGAGACUCGACCUACGGAACUGGUGGACGCCUCACUGGUGCCAACGUCGUCCUCGUUAUGCAAAACUCUGUCAGCUUGGGUCUCUUUAUGGACAAUGCCACUAUCGUGCAAGACUCCCUCACCCGUGCCAUGAACAUCAUGACUUACACCGAUGAACCCGCUCUUGAUGGCAUCCACCGCGACGGAACAUUCCUCCAGCACGAUGGUGUCCUCUACAACGGCAACUAUGGCAAAGACUUGCUCAACGCUUUUAUCCAACUAGGCGCUGAAAUCGUCGGCACGCAGUUCGCAACAAACAACGCGACCAAGCAGACCAUGGCUACCUAUGUCCGCGGCUGCGAAUGGAUGAUUUUUACCAACCAAGAAACGCGACAGGAAUACUGGGACUUUAACGCUGUUGGUCGAUUCGUCGCCUUCCCCACACAGGACCUACAGGCCAUUUCUGAUAUCAACUUCAACGUGACUAAGCUAGCUAAGGCCACUGCUGACUUCACCGGCCUUGACGACGUGAGCGAUGUGAUCCGCCGCCUCAGCUCCAACGGCACCGACAAACUCGUGGGAAACAAGGGCUUCUGGGCCAGCGACUACAUGGUGCACCGCCGGGACACUUUCAUCCUCGGCAACAAGAUGGUGUCGACACGCACAGUCAACUCGGAAAACGUCAACGGCGCCAACCCCCUUGGUUACCAUCUCGGCCAGGGCACACUUUUCUCUUAUGUCGAGGGCAACGAGUACAAGGACAUCAUGGGUGCCUGGGACUGGAAUCUCGUGCCCGGUACCACCACCCUUCUCAACCAGCCGGACCUGCACAAUCUUCCUCCUACGAAAAACGUUACCGGUCUAGUGGACUACAUCAAGCACAACGGUACCAGGGAGUUUGUUGGCGUAGUGAGCAAUGGCAAAAUCGGUGUCGCCGCCCACGACUACUCGGACCCCCUCAACAUUGGAAUCUCCUACAGAAAGGCAUGGUUCCAUUUCGAGGAUGCUGUUGUCGUCGUCACCUCGGAUAUUGUCAACAAAGGCUCAGCACCAGUCAUUACUGUCUUGGAUAACCGCGCCAAGGCCGCUGGUGGCGCAUUCAUCGAUGGUGACCGCACUCAGUUAUCUGCUUCUACAAAGACCAAGGCCUCAACUCUCUUCUACGGCGGCAACGGCUAUGUCUCGUACGACACGCCGUUUGAUCUUACUAUUUCUGAGGGACCGCGCGACGGCAACUGGUCUGCUAUUUCAACCUCCAAGGCUGGCAAGUACACGACCGACAUCUUUUCGGCGUACACAACUAUCACCGGCUCCAACUCAACCUAUGCCUUCUUCCCUGCGACUAGCAAGCGCCGUCUAGCAGCUGAGCACGAGAAGAAGACGUGGCAGCCAAUUGUCGAAAAGGGCAUCACUGGUGCCAUGGGCAAAGAUGAGCUUGGUCUUGUAUUUUGGCCCGGUGGUGACGACACUGUAAACCUUGACAUGAAGGAUAUCGGGUGGUCUGAGACUGGUACUGUCGAGAUUACUAGCGAUCAGCCGCUGGCCUACCUCAUCACCGGCAAGUGUAAGAAGAAGGGCGAAGGGUUCACUCUGUCCAUCUACUUUGCCGAUCCUACGCAGAAGCUCAAGACUGCUAAAUUUACAGUUACGACCAAGGACCACAAGAUGAAGAAUGCUGACAGGAAGCAAUCUGACGUCAAGGUUGCCGACAACGAGACGUCCACUACAUUUACCGUGGACCUACCCCAGGGCGGCCUACUGGGCUCAACUGUAACAAGAAAGGUCUAUGUUGCUGAGAACUAAAUCGGGAAACCAUUCGUCACGAAGUUGGGCGGAAGAUAUUGUAUAUAAUCGUACAGGCAUUACAUUUCAUGCUAUGAAUCUAAUAAAUAUAAACAAACUCGUCAUUCUGACCAUCAGUGACGUCUGCAAACGACUUGUCGCCAAGAUGCGCAGUAGUCUCAGCAGUAUUAGCCCCCUCAACAUCCUCUGCUUGCGUCUCGCUGUCUGACGCUCUCAUGUCGCGGUAAUUGUCCUGCAUCGAUCUGUCCACCAUUUUGGCGGGCUUGCCAUUUCGAACACGUCUCUUCUCCUGCAUCUUGUUGAGGAAUAAAAGAUUUGCCCACUGGAUAAAGAUGACUACAACAAGCGCGACAAAGAUGCCCAAGCAUGCUCGCAGUCCAGGCUUAUACUCUGGCGCAUCUCUGCUGUCAAACAGAAUGGGGCCCAUGAUAUUGGCAGCAGAACUGGCAGCAUUGUACAAGCUCAUCAUGACAGACUUUUUCGUCGUGCCCGCCGUGUUGCCAACAAUCCAGGUAACAAUCAAGGGGUUGCCGCCAAACAAGAAAGCAAGCAGAUAAUAUCCACCGAGAAGCGUGCUCUGGGCAGACUUGUCGCGCGGGACGGAAUAUAAAAUGGCAAGGCCAGCAACGACUGGUAGGCAAAAGACGGCGAGAAUGGCGCCUUUGAGCUUGGCCUUUUGCGCAAGGUAGCUGCCCAGUAAGAUGACAAUGAGCUGGAGAGCGCCAAAGGGCAUGUUGAGCAGACUGGCAGUGUACUUGUCAAAGUUGAGGCCGUUGAUGAUGAGCGGGCCAAAGGUGUUGGCGACACUGGCACCGACGUUUAGGAGGAGUGCCAUGGCAAUCCAGAGGUAUGUCUUGGGCUCGAUAAAAACUUCCUUGACGUGGUCCCAUUUUAGUUCGGAGCUGCCAGUGCCGGUCUGGUUGGCGCGGAGUCGUUCGAUGGCUUUUGGCUUUUCCUCUUCGGUGAGGAAGCGCGCGGAGGGGAUAUCGUUGUCGAGUUUCCAGUAGACGAAAGGGGCGGAGAUGAUGGUAACGAGGCCUACAAAGAGAAAGAUG